UCGAAUUCACUGGUGUAUCAUGUCUCGUUACGCGUCAACGUCCUUUUUCACUACAAUCCUUCUCGUAAAUUUCGCUCUCGUCUUCUCCUCCCAACGGGACUACGACGUGAGAAAACUCGGCGACGAAAAUCUACUCUUCACUCAGGAUGACGCUUUGCCCCAACACGAAUUGACGAGACUGAUCGAAGAGAAACGUGAAACUCGUUUCAUCGGUGAUCUUGUAGUGGGUGAACGACGUGCAGACGAAACGAUAUUUCGACGAACGGUAGAAGUAUCAAAUCCGACUGAGGAUGUAUACAGUACGGCGAUCAACCUGAGCGUGACGAAUGGAGGAAUUAUACACUACAUGAGUAUGCUGAACGAAAAGGGAAGCUACGCAGUAGCUUGCGACGAACCGUACAGCCUCGGAAAAUCGCAAAGUAACUUCUACAUUCGUGUUUUACCGAACAGCAAAUCAACUCUAACGAUGGUCGUCGCAGCACACUGAAAUAUCAAAACUUCUCACUUUACUUUAUAGUAAUAUAAUCGUAUCCAAAAACUCUAGUAUACUAAGAAAUCUCCGUGUUCUCUCUUCUGUUCCUUGAAUAAUUGUUCUUUAUUAUUUGUGUUUCAUUUUCGUAACGGUGCAGUGGGUUGUUUUGAAAUAUACGCGUUUUACGGUUGAUAAAACGGAAAAUUACUCAUUUUUCAAUAUUUCUGUAAUCAUUCAUCGUAUUGCGACAUCAAAAUCAUUUUUCUUGACAAAUCAAAGAUUGGCAUUCUGAGAUAUCGCUCAACAUCGAUUCGACAUGCUGCUACGCUCGAUAAUCUUAUAAUUGUCUCUUGACCGAAUCUAGUUUUCCAGAACUAUGAAGUCAUAUUGAAGCUCAUCGACGAGAUUUUUCGUAACUUUUAUCAAAGUUGAAAGAUGUCAGAGCAGCGAUAAUUCGCCACAUGAAACUGAGAUGGCAGAUAAAAAAUAAAAAUCAUUGGAUGGGUUAAGUAAUUUACAACUACCGAUACACAAAUAUUUUUCAUCUCGUAUUUCGACAGAAUUUUGAUUUUCGACGAAAAUCAGGAUGAUAAUAAAUGUUAUCAGAAGACUGUUGAAAACAAUGUAUUUUGAUAAGUGUGUAAUCCUAUCUAACGGAACUUAGACGAUAGCUAAGCCCUAUAAAUACAGGAA